AUGCCCAGUAAGAUCCGAUCAUACCUGGACCAAGCUCCCCUCGCACCAUGUCACAAGGCUCUCGUCCUUCGCCAUAUCACUCGUCUCCAGCACAUCAUUCACAAUGUGGAUGAACUCUCCAUUGGUCGCUACACAAACAAGCAAGCAGCAAGAGAACAGCUUGCUCGUAUGACGCUGGUCAUUCGUGAUUACGCUGCUCUAGCCCAGAAGAAAUUAGAUCCUGCAGGUCCUAUGGAGCCCAUCGAAUCAGCGGCCGUGGAUAUCAUUGAUGCAGCCCUGUCUACGUGCGGCGCUCCAGCCUCGUUUGCCGAAGCAGCAUUCGUGAAUAGUCAGCUCUUCGGUCGAGAGCAGGAAGUCGCAGCCAUCAUGCAAGAAUACAGCGCGGAAAGUGUCGAUGAUGUGAUCGAGCUUUGGAAUACCUUGCCUGAGAAGAACGAGAAGGUCGUGCCAGAUCCAUGUCGAGGCUGCGAUCUGGGCGAUACGAUUGAUUGGGAAGGGUUAUUCGUCAAUCGAAGCAAAUCGGAGGCCGAUGUUGGACUAUUGUUGAGAAGACCAGCGAUGAACAUGGAUGAGUUUCAGGAGGAGAGAAUUGAAUUCGUUCUCGGACGACUGCCAAAAGAACAAUCUUCACGACGAGAACAAGCUCUCACAUCCAUCACCAAAUGGCUCGCAAGCUUCUCCCCAACCUAG